AUGUUUGUGGUUAAAGUUAUUCCUGUUCUAAUUGUAAUUAUGUUUACUACUGAGUCAAUUGUCAGUAAUGUAAUGCCUCCAAGAAUUAAUUGUAUCAAUGAUUGCUGGACAAAUGGAGAAAAUUGCAAACAAAAAUGUUAUCGCAAUUUCCAAGAAUUCACAUGUUCCCAAUCAGAAGAAUGUGUUUUGUUAGAAAAUGACAGUAUGAAUCAAAAUUAUAAUGAAAAUAAUGGGGUAGACGAUUUUAGUAGUAGACGUGUUGGGGACAUUACCAAUGUGAAUAAAUAUUUUGAAAGCAUUCAAAAGCAACGAAACAAAAAGAAAUAUCUCAAUGUAACCUCUGUAUAUGCACCCAUGAACUCGGCUUGUGACGAAUUGGAGGAUCAUGAAAUUCAAAACGAUGAAAUCACAAUUACUUGUAGUGGAAUUGAAGUGCCAGAAAUUGUUCAUACUGGUCUAUUGGGAAAAUUUUUCCCAUUCGGAUUCUAUUAUGAAUUUAAAAAACUUGUUCAACUGGCUAUACCAAUUACUAUGACAUCUUUGGUGGCCUUUUUAUCUGGUCCUAUGGGUCUGAUAUUCUGUGGCAAACUUGGAAAAACUGCACUUGCUACUGUUGGUUUAGCCAAUUCCAUAUUCAAUGUCGCUGGCUUAGCAGUUAUAACUGGUCUAUUAACAGCUGUUGAUACCUUAUUUUCACAGAUAUUUGGCAGUUCAAAUAAAGGAUUAAUGGGUAUUCAUUUACAACGUGCUAUUGUAAUCUCGUUCAUAAUGUGCAUGCCUAGUUGGACAUUAUAUCUAUGUAUUGAACCCAUACUAUUGACGUUAAAACAAAAUCCAUUGAUGGUUAAAUUAUUUAUUGAGCUACAAUCUAUUACAAAUUAUUAA